AUGGUCACUGCUUUCCAACAAAUAGCUUUUAUCUUUAAAAGUGUCGACGACAACAAGCUCAGUGAGGAGCUAGAGAAGCUCAGGGACGAGGGAAAGCUCGAGCAGGCGAAGGCCCUCCUAUUACGGAGCAUCGCUGAGGACGACAUGCUAGCCGUCACGGAGCUCCUUGGCCUCUAUUGCAGUCUUCCUCUCGAGGUAAAGGAGAUGCUCAUCAGUGACGAGGAAUACCUAACCAUCCUGCAGAAGCUUGAUGAAAGGGCUAGCAACUACACAGACCGCACAAUAUACCUGUCGUUCAUGGUAGAUACUUUAAGGGAGAGUACUGUAUCUGUUCGACAACAGGCUCUGUUACUAGCCACCCGGUACUUUGAGCAGCUAGUUGGGAAUCCUUCUUGUUCUGACUUAUUGGAUUUGCUCCCACUUAAUUCUGAACUUGCCUACAAUGCUAUGAUGACUCUCACAGCAUUCUACGACCUUGCACUUUUAGGAUCCGAUGACAAUCUCGUUCAACUCGUGUACCAGUCUAGUCGCGUCCUUGCAGAGCUCCUUGCAUCUCGCGUCUAUCGAAUAAUAGGAUUCAAGUGUGCAUCAAUGCUUCCCCUUGCUGCAGCGCUGUUCACCGUCUUUUCGGCAGGUGAGACAUCUAAUAGGGAGCACAUGGCAUACAGCCUUCUCUGCUGGCUGGUGAAGCUCCUUACCACAGCAGAGCAGAGUGUGGCAGUCGCUAUCUUAGCGUCGGUCCUUAAGAUUGUCAAAGAGGAAGGGUAUACGUGCGUAGGAGCAACUACAUCUCCCAAGAGAAGUGGGUUUGUCCUUCUGUGUCAUACUCUCCUUGGUGCAGGAUCCAAUAUCACCUCUGGGGUGACCUUACUGUGCAAGAAUCUGGGCACAACAGAGUAUGAAGAACACCGGGUCGAGAUCCUGUGCCUAUUCUAUGGCGUUUGUGCAGAGUCAGACCUUCGGGUUGCAAAACUGCUAGGGCAAUCAGUAGUUCUUUUAGAAUGGAUGAAUAGUAAGAUAGGGUCCAUGGAGCCAACUGACCAGGCAGCUGUCAUGGAGCUAGCAGAAAAGCUACUCACCUUAAAUGCAGUUGAUGAGAAUUACAUGGAUUCCUUCAGAUCACUAUCUAGAGGUCUUCGUUGUAGUGGCAAGGAGGCUCCAAUCGUGACGGAGACGCUUUGA